AUGGACGAUAAACAUGGUGAAAACCCAAAUGGACUUUUAAGUUCAAAUAUUAAUGAAAUUGCUGGGAAUUCCGCAUUAAAUGAUGGAAUUAAAUAUUCUAAUAAGCCAACAAAUGGACUCUAUAAACAACCUCUCCAUUCGACUUCCUUAAAUGGACCAACAAAGAAAAUUGUUAUUAGAAAAUUUCAACAAAGAAAUGACCCGAAUGUUUUAAAUUUUGAUGCAAAUUGGUCAAUAUUAGAAGAUUCUGUUAUUAAAAUUCAAAAAAGGGAAAGUGCCAAUGUUACUUGUGUUGAACUUUACAAUAUUGUUGAAAAUUUGUGCCAAAUGAAUUAUGCUCAGGAAAUUUUUUCUCGUCUUCAAAUUCUUAUUCACAACUUUUCUGACAAUGAAUGUGCUCGACUUGUUGAAAAGAGCCAAAAUUCUUCUUUUGAAACUUUUUUGGAAAUGCUGAAUCGUUUGUGGGAUAAUUUCUGUCAACAAUUGUCGUUGAUAAGGAGUGUAUUUCUCUACCUCGACCGAACUUAUCGAAUGCAACAGAGUACCUCUGGCGUUUCAAUUUGGGAUACUGGACAUGAGGCUUUUCGGCAAAGAGUAAUUGAACAUUCAGGAAAUUGUUCUAGAGCAGUAAAUGGAAUUUUACAAUUAAUUGAAAGGGAUAGAAGGGGAAUUCAAGUUGACAGACAUUUAUUAAAAUCACUUUUGAGAAUGUUCAUGAAUCUACAAAUUUAUGACCGUUCAUUUGAAAGAGAAUUUCUCAAAGCAACAGAACAUUUUUAUCGAGAAGAGAGUAGUUUACAAAUACAAGAAUUAAAUAUCAGCAAUUAUUUACAAUUUGCACAGAAAAGAUUGCUAGAAGAAGAAGAGCGAAUUCAACUAUAUUUGGAAUAUUCAACAUCCAAAAAAUUAAUUGUAAUUGUGGAAAAAUGUUUUAUUGCUGAUUAUUUGGAUUCUAUAAUUACUAAAGGUCCAUAUCAAUUAAUUUCUGAACAAAGGUUAGACGAUUUGGCACUUUUAUACCAACUUCUAUCACGUGUUAAAGACGGCCAAAUUGCUUUAAAGAAUGCUUUUUCUGAACAUAUAAAGAAAGUUGGUCGGGCAAUGGUUAUGGAUGCUGAAAGAGACAAAACUUUAGUCCAAGAAUUAAUGGAUUUAAAGGCAAAAUUAGACCAAAUAAUUAUAAAAUGUUUUUGUUCUAACGAAAAAUUUCUUAAUGCUUUGAAAGAUUCUUUUGACUUUUUUAUUAAUUCUAGGCCAAAUAAAAUUGCAGAAUUGACAGCCAAAUUUAUGGACCUCAAAUUACGUACGGGAAAUAAAGAAUGUACAGAAGAAGAAUUGGAUAGUGUAAUGGAUAAAGUUAUUGUAAUAUUUCGUUUUGUUCAAGGCAAGGAUGUUUUUGAAGCUUUUUAUAAAAAAGAUUUGGCUAAACGACUUUUACUGGGAAGAAGUGCUUCUGUUGAUGCUGAAAAGGCAAUGCUUUCGAAAUUGAGAACUGAAUGUGGAGCUGGUUUAACUCAAAAAUUAGAAGGAAUGUUUAAAGAUAUGGAGUUAUCUAAAGAUUUUUGUGCUACCUUUAAACAGUAUUUGGAAGCUUCGGAUAAAGAAAAACGUUUCUCAAAAUUAGAAGUAAAUGUAGCUAUUUUAACAAUGGGGAAUUGGCCUACUUAUCCUUUACAAGAAGUUAAUAUCCCUCCUCAAUUAGCAGAAUUACAACAAAUUUGUGCUAAAUUUUAUACUUCAAAACAUAAUGGAAGGAAACUUCGAUGGCAAUAUUCGUUAGCUAGUGGAGUUUUAAAAGCAAAUUUUAAGCCGAAGGUAACAAAAGAAUUGGAAGUCUCUCUUUUUCAAUCAAUGGUUCUUUUAAUGUUUAAUGAAAAAUUAAAAUGGAAUUUUAAAGAAAUUUCAGAAAAUACAAAAAUUGGUAUAAUUAUAAAAAUAAAUAUUAAAUUUUAUUUAAAAAAAUUUUUAGAAGAUAUUGAAUUAAAACGUACUUUACAAUCACUUGCCUGUGGAAAGUUUAGAGUAUUAAUUAAACAACCUAAAGGAAAAGAUAUAAAUUCCGAUGAUAAUUUUGUUCUAAAUGAAGAAUUUAAUGAUAGACUUUAUCGUAUUAGAAUUUCACAAGUUCAAAUGAGAGAAACGGAACAAGAACAUCAACAAACAGAAGAACAAAUAUUCCAAGAUCGUCUCUACCAAAUAGAUGCUGCCGUUGUAAGAAUUAUGAAAACAAGACAAAGAUUGUCACAUACACAAUUAAUUACUGAAACUUUAAGUCAGCUACGUUUCUCUGUUAAAGCAACUGAUUUGAAGAAAAGAAUAGAGUCUUUAAUUGGUAAGGAGAGAAUUUAA